UGAAACAACAAUAAACACACCAUUUUUCGGGAACGUUUUCAGCUCAUGAGCGGCCGUCGAGCCCCCUUUUCAGGGAAAAACGCGCGUACACAAGUACCGAGGUCUACAUCGAACAGUCAGCCACCUGUUAGUUCCUCACAUAGCUCAUCAUCGCGCGUGAAACACGUCGCCCAAGCCGACAUUGUGCCGCGUCCAACUUCACUUUCCUCGUCUGCAACAGCUGUCAGUGGUCUUCAAUCGGCCCCUUAUAGUCAACCAAAGUCGCCCAAGCGUUCCGGGGCCACCCGUGAUGGGGGUACAAAUAUCCAAGUUGUAGUGCGAUGCCGAGGACCGAAUGAGAUAGAAAUCAAGCAAAAGAGCCCCAUUAUCGCACGCACAGAGGGUGCUAGAGGCAAAAUCAUCACAAUUCGUGACAACAACCAAAUAAACAAUUUUGCAAUCUCGGACUCUCAGGAUGAGGUUGGAAGACAUUACGCUUUUGACUAUGUUUAUGGUCCUGAGGCUACACAAGUCCUGAUAUUUGAGGAUAUUGUCUCACCUCUUCUUGAAGAGGUUCUUGGCGGGUUCAAUUGCACGAUAUUUGCUUAUGGUCAGACGGGAACUGGGAAAACCUAUACGAUGCAGGGAGAUGUCGAGCCAAACGAGGAAGGAAUGCCAUCCGACUCUGCUGGCAUCGCUCCCAGGGUCAUUUCUCGUCUUUUUCACCGCCUUGAAGACGAAGCGUCAGAUUAUAGCGUCAAGAUAUCGUUUAUGGAGCUGUACAACGAGGAAUUGCGAGACCUUCUGUCUCCGGACUUGGCGAGUCCCCAUAGCGAGUCGGGUCCAGGUGGCAAAGAUUCGGGGGGUCUCAAAAUAUUUGACGAGAACAAGAAAGGGGUCAUGGUUAUGGGCCUUGAGGAGCAUGGGGCACGAGAUGAGAGAGAAGCCACGAAGAUUCUCGUGAAAGGCAGCCAGCGGCGGCAGAUCGCAUCCACCAAACUCAAUCUUCAUUCCAGUCGUUCGCACUCCAUUUUCACUCUCACAGUCCACACGAAGGAGACAUCAUCGAAGGGCGAAGACCUUGUUCGAACCGGAAAACUCAAUUUAGUUGAUUUAGCUGGAUCAGAAUCCAUUGGUCGAUCUGGUGCAGAGAAUAUGCGAGCGAAAGAGGCUGGGAUGAUCAAUCAAAGUCUCCUUACCCUCGGAAGGGUUAUCAACAGCCUCGUGGAUAAGUCGCCACAUAUUCCUUAUCGAGAAUCCAAGUUAACUCGAAUACUUCAAGACUCUCUCGGUGGUAACACUAAAACUUGCAUAAUUGCCACGGUUUCGCCGGUCAAGGCCAACUACGAAGAGACGGCAUCUACUCUAGAUUACGCCCUUCGAGCGAAAUCGAUCAAGAAUCGACCUGAGCUCAACCAAAAGGUAACCAAGAACGCGCUGCUUAAAGAAUACUUAGCGGAAAUCGACAGACUGAAGGCUGAUCUAGUAGCUUGUCAGACGAAGACCGGACGAUAUUUCGAUGAAGAGAACUGGCAAGAAAUGGAGACAGAGCAACGUCACAUCAAGAAACAAAGGGACGACGCACUUUCCGCACAACAAGAACUUGAGUCUCAGCUCAAGACGCUCCGCGAACAAUCCAAACAUCACUUCUCUCAAAGCCAGAAGAAAAAGGCAGAAUUGGAUGCCGCCAAUCUAGCCCUCGAUGAACGCACCAAUACCUUGGUGAGGACAGAACGUGAACUCACCGCUACAAAGUCAAAUCUGGCGGAUGAGAUCGUUGUUCGUCGAGUCCAUGCUAGGAACGAGGCGAAAUUGGAUCGGGUCGCAACUGGGCUUAGAGCUGUUGCGACUCAGGCGGUCAAGGAUGUGAACGGGUUGCUCGAGAAGUUAGAUCGGAAGUCCAUCAUCCUCUCGUCCAAUGCCAAUGUCGUGAAGAGUCAUGGUGAUCAUUUGGCAGGGGAGGCAUCGUUACUUGCAAAGGAGUUGGGUGACUUCAUCAGUGAGCAGCGAGACAUGCAUAGGAAUGCCAUCAACAGAGCCGAAGAGUUCAAGGCAACUCAAGUUAAAGCCCUAGAAGCCUAUUCCGAUUUUAUCGAACAACAACUGGCGAAGUUAUCUGUUGGCAUCACCAGCAUCGAAAACAAGGAAACUGCUUCAAUGGACGUCACAACAGCCUUUGCAGAUCUGGUUCACGAGAUGUCUCAGUCGUUCCGUGCACAGUCUGCCUCUUGGGAAGAAGACAUGAAACAGAGAGCCACGGAACAUCUUGGGGGAAUUGGUGAAGAAUCGUUCAAGCAUAUUGCGAGUACGGAGAAGUCAUUGAGAAAUCUCUCAGCGGUGUUCGACAAUGUCUUGGAGGAUGUUCGAAACCACGUCGAGACUGAGCGGAAAGCAAUGGCAACACUACGGGAGCUCACUGACAGUUCUACAGCUACCGAGAUAUCUCUCUUGAAACGCCAAAAUGAGCAACUCCUACGACUCAUCGAGACCGAACGGGCAUCAACGGAAGCUCUUCAAAAGGAUCUCCUCUCCCAGGUCACGAAGGCCAUGAAAGGUUUCACCACUGCAAGGGACAAGCAUAUUCGAGAUGCUUUUGGAAAGAUGAGCAAUGAACUCGUUGACUGUCAACACGAGGUCGAGAAGCACAAAUACGAGCACGGAAGCGGCGUUGAUGGAUCCCUCACCCACCAGAAGGAGCUUCUUUCUCGCAUUGAUCAGCGAGGAUCGGAGUCUAAGCGGAUUCGCGAUAGUGGCGGAACGUCGUUCAAGCAUCUCCGGACAAGCAUCCAGAAUGGUCUCAGCCAAGUUCAGUCUUCCAUUGCUCAGGCCACCGCGGCGCAAGCCAACUUGGUCAAGGAAGAAACAGGGACUCUUGACCAGGCUCGAGCAGGCGCUUACGAUAGGUUGCGCAAAGGACAAGAGGACCGUAUGGAGCUCCUUCAAGAGAUUCAGGCUGACAGCCAUCAAGCCUACAGUUAUCUUCGUGGUGCUGUGGCUGCUACUUCACAAACCAUUCAAGAGACCGUGCAUGGUGUAGUUUCGGACGUCUCGCAAAUUGGUGCCUCAACAUCAAAUUAUGCCAAGUCAUCGAAAGGCCAUCUCAAGGUGAUACAACAAGCGACGACGACGCUGCGAACCCAAGGUACGAAGGAGGAAACGACCACGGGGUCAACUCCAAAAAAGAGGAAAUGGGGGUACACCGAUGAAUGGGAAGUGACGAAAGGACGUGGGGCUGUACUAGAGGAAUGGCGGAAGCUCCAAGCUCAAGGCUUGGAUUUUGAGGACGAGGGGAACGGCGACGAGCCUUUAACCGUCGAGACUAUUCCCUGUGCCGAGUCUGAGCCAGGAAUCCCACCAAUCAAGACAACUCCGGUCCCCGUUGAACCUGAGACAGAACCGGAGGUGCCAGACGGACCAGAGUAUGUAGAUUAUGAGGUUCCAAUUGUCGAUGACGACGAGACAGGCGGCCGGAGGCGUGGAUGCUCAACCCUCAAGCACGAUUAUUCCUAUCACUAUCACAGCAGUCUCUGCACCCCCAGUGAUAAAUGAUACCCUUCCUCCCAAACGAUUGACUCGACAGAGUCAGGCCUCCGCCUCCCCAUGACGACAAGAUCUACGACUAGUCUCAAGGUCCCUUUCAGGGGACUCAAACGUCCUGCAAGUACGGUGGGCAUCACUACCGCACCUGCAGCAGUUCCGACUUUGUCGGAAAAGUCUGGUGGGACAAGGAAGCGUCCCAAGAUUGCGUAAAUCCCCAACACACCGAUUUCUUGCAUUUCAAUCACUAUAUAAUGAACCCGCGUGUCUAUUUGACUUAUUUUGAGUUAUUUGUACAUCAUAUGUGUUUAUCUUGGCUUUGUUUUUGGACAGAGAGUGCGUGUAAAAAAACAGAGGAUCGGCGCCUUGAUUGAUGGGGCAAGGAAGAAACGAGUUUUGUGGUGCUU